CACACACUCCACUGGAUCUUAACAUUACAGAACAAACAUAAUAAUAAUACUGGACAUUUAAGGAUGCAGCAUGGUGUGGUGCUGUGUGUCCUCCUGCUGCUGAUCUUCUCUGGGAGAGGUCUGAGUGGACAGAAGAGCAGACAGAAAAUAAACAACCUAGAGGUCCGAAAUGAAGCAAAAGCACUGAUUUGUCCAGUGGAGGUCGCGUUCCUGAUGGACAGCUCUGAGAAUGACAAGACUCUUCUGUUUGAGAAGCAGCGCAGCUUCGUUCAGCGCUUUAGCACCAGGUUUUCUCUGAUGCACGUUCCCAGCUGGAGUGUACGUGUGCGUUUGGCCGUGUUGCAGUACAGCAGCACCGUCUCACUGGAGCACAACUUCCAUGACUGGCAGGAUGUGGAUGUCUUCCAAAGACGUGUGUUGUCCAUGACCCGCAUUGGUCAUGGCACAUAUUUGGCCUAUGCCAUCUCGAACGCCACGCAUCUCUUUACUCAGGAGACGGCCGACAGCAGUGUGCGUAUCGCCCUGCUGAUGACGGAUGGAGUGGAUCACCCACGCAGCCCCAGCGCCAUUGCUGCUGCCACAGAUGCCAAAAACAACAACAUACAAGUGUUCGUCAUCGGUCUGACACCAGACAGGCAGAGCGAUACCAGGCUGAGGUCCAUCGCCAGUCCUCCAGCACAGCAGCACGUUUUCAGCCUUGAGGAUCCUCGGCUGGAUGAGAGACUUUUCAGAGAGUUGAUCACGGUUGUUAACACAGAGUGUCCUCAGCUCAAGUCCUGUCUGUGUGAUAAAGGAGAGAGGGGUCCUGCAGGAAACCCGGGGAAACCAGGACUUCCUGGCCUUCCUGGCCUUCCUGGUCUCAAAGGAUCCAGAGGGGCAGCUGGCUUGAACGGACGACCAGGAGUAGAAGGCCGCGAGGGUGAGAGAGGAGAGUCUGGAGCAGAAGGGUUUAAAGGAGCUCAGGGUGCAGAUGGACCACCAGGACCUCGUGGACCUCCCGGAGAGCAGGGUCCUAUUGGUGGUUCUGGAGAUCAUGGACCAGUUGGACCUGCUGGUCCUAAGGGUGAGCGAGGACCUACUGGAGCUUCUGGUUCUCCUGGAGACCAGGGAAUUGGAUUUCUUGGUCUGAAGGGAGACAGAGGGAACCAGGGCAGUCCGGGUUCUACUGGACCUACUGGGAUCGGAGAGCCAGGACCACCAGGAUCACCAGGACCAUCAGGACCGCCAGGAUCACAAGGUUUUCCAGGCGAGGGUUUACCAGGACCCAAAGGGGAAAGAGGCUUUGUGGGACCAAAAGGUACCACCGGUCCUCCAGGGUUCGGCAUUAAAGGUGAAAAGGGCAAUGCUGGAGCUCCAGGACCACCAGGACCGAUUGGACUUCCUGGACUUGGGAUUCAGGGAGAAAAGGGUGAACAUGGACCGACCGGAUCACCGGGUCUUAGAGGAGUUCCUGGUGUGGGCAUUUUAGGAACAAAGGGGGAUCAAGGCUUUCCUGGUGAACAUGGACAUCCAGGAGAAAGAGGCAUCGGAGAACCUGGACCAAAAGGGGAGCCAGGAUCAGAUGGCGCUCCGGGAAUUCCUGGCAUCCCAGGAGAAGAUGGAUCUGUUGGACCCAAGGGUGAGAUCGGUUUACCAGGUCUGCAAGGUCCUGAUGGUGCACCAGGAAAAGGAAGUCCAGGAGAAAAGGGCGAUCAAGGUGACCGAGGGGUUCGUGGACUUUCAGGAUCUCCGGGACCCGCAGGACCCCCUGGGGCAAAGGGAGAACCUGGUAGUCCAGGGAUGUUGGGGAUGCCAGGGCUCCCAGGAUUUGGAUCUCCUGGACCAAAGGGUGAGCCUGGGCCUGUGGGUCCUCAAGGUGUGGCUGGAGAGCCGGGAGUCGGUCUCCCAGGGCCAAAGGGUAACAAAGGACCAUCUGGACCAGUGGGACCACAAGGGUUAGUGGGAGAAGGUCAGCCUGGGCCUCAGGGACUUCCUGGAUUGUCUGGAGUACCAGGAGAAAUGGGAUUAGAAGGUAUCCGACUACCGGGAAUUAAGGGGGACAGAGGUUCACCUGGGGUUCCUGGGCAUCCUGGAACACCCGGAAUUAGUCAUUUAGGACCGAAGGGUGCGACGGGUCAGCGAGGUUCUCCUGGUCCUCCAGGUCCACUAGGUGAGGGCAUUCAGGGUCCAAAAGGACAGCCAGGCUUCCAGGGACCACCAGGCCCCAGAGGUCUCACAGGACACGGCCUUGAAGGAGAGAAGGGGGACAGGGGUCUGUCUGGUGAACGAGGAAGAAGAGGAGACAGCGGAGAUUACGGAGCACCAGGGCAAACAGGAGCAGCGGGGAAACCUGGCGAGAAGGGAGAACCUGGCCUGUCAAGAGAAGAAGUAAUCAAAAUAAUCAGGGAACUCUGUGACAGUCGGAUCUGUGAGCCGGAUGAUGGUUUGCUGUUUAGAACAAACGGUAAACAGCCUGAAGCUCCAGGGGAUUUUAUACCUCCCUUUGGAGACACGUAUGAAAUCGAAGACAGGACGAUGUCAGAGCAUGAGGAGGAUGUGAAUGGUUUUACAGCACAGAACAGAGACAGUCUCCGGCCUCCGGACGCAACCGUGACGAGACCUCGGAUUCCCGCCAGCGUCCUGUUCGACCCAGAGACCGUCUCUGCUUCAUCACUCCUAUCUGGAGCAGCUGUUGGCUGCACCGAGAGUCUCGACCCUGGGCCGUGCAGGGCCUACGAGGUGAAGUGGUACUACGAUCCUUUAGCUAACGCAUGCGCACAGUUCUGGUACGGAGGUUGCCAAGGCAACAACAACCGCUACGAGUCGCAUCAGAGCUGCAUGGAUGCUUGUGUGAGAACGUGA